AUGGUUGAAAAAUGGGGAAACGUUGGGAUUUCCCGGGCAAACGUCGCAGGAUGGCAGCGAGCGCCUGGAUCUGGCUCCUGGCGGCCCUGGCGCAGCCCGGAGGGACAGGUGCCGGCGCGGCGCGGCGCGGGAGCGAGCAGCGGGCGGGGGCGGGGCAGCGGCGCGCUUCUGGAAGGUUCCGCGGCGCUCUCGCGGCCGCCGGGCGGCGCCGCCGUCGGCCCCAGCUCCCCCGAGUAUUCCCUCCUUGCCGGGAGCAGCAUCUGCAGCGUGGCUCCGGCCGUGAACCCCUGCCCGCUUCCGGCCGCCCGCCUCCGCCUGCUGGGUCCUCAGUUUUGCGAGGGAAAAAUGGCGGGAAAAAAGGGCGGGAAAACGGAGAGGAACAAAAAUAGCGGGAAAAUCGUCCCCGAAACUCCCCAAAAUUUCCAAAAGAAGCCCCAGAAGCUCCUGAAACAUUCCCCAAAGAUGCCCCGAGCUGCGCGGCGCGCCGAGUCCCACGCGUGGCGUUUCCGCGCAGCUCGGCGGUUGCGGGCGGCGUUCGGGGGCCCCGCGGGGGCUCCGCGGCCGCCCCGCGGCCCCGCGCCCCAAGAGCCCCGGCCGGAGGACGGCGAGCGCCCGGCGCCCGGAGCCCGGGCCGCGCCCCAACCGCCGCCUGGCCCCGCCCUCCUCCCGUCGGCCCCUCAGGACCUGAGGCCUGUCCUCGCCCUCCGCCGGCUGGCCCCGCCCCCCUCCCGUCGGCCCCUCAGGCCCCGCGGCCCUCGCUCGUCUCCGGCCGCCUCGUUGGCCCGCCCGCCGAGCCCCGCCGCGGCGUCCCGCGCUGCACCGUCCUCUCCUCCCGCCAAGGAGCUGCCAGAUGUUUUGCCCAGAACCGCAGCUUUUCGCCGCUUGUUUUUCAGAGGAGCAGCCUGGAAGCCGUGGCCGGCCUCGGGGGCCGUGGCCGGGUUGGAGCCGGGAAGCUCCUGCCGCUGCCGGCCCGGCGCCUGCAGCCGCCGCGUGUCCGGCCGGCCCGAGCAAAGCCCCGGCCCCGUGCAGAAUUCCCGAGCCUCUCCCGCCUCUCCCACCUCCACCCAGGAUUUCUGGGCUCCUCCUGCACUUUCUGCCCUUCCCAGCCAGGGAUUUCGACGCUUCCGGAAGGAAACAGACGCAGGAAAAGAACAGGGGCUCCGGAGCUCGCGGCGGCGCCGGCGCGGCCACGACCCGCACGGCCAGGGCGCGCCUCGGCGGGGGACCGUGACCGCCAUCGGCCACGUUCCUAGUGCAGCUCCUCAGAACGUGUCCUUGGAAGUGGUGAAUUCCAAGGGCAGCGGGCCGAGGCGGCCGUUGGGUGCCCGCGGCGCGGUGCCCGGCGCCCACGGAGCGCGGCGCCGCAGGAGCGCCGCCGGCGGAGACGCGCGGACGCCCGGCGGCCUCGGGCCCCUCCUCGCAGGUGGGCAGCGACCCCGGAACCCCGAAAACCCCGCGAGCCCGGAGGGAACAAACGGCGCUCCCACAAAACCCCGGCCGAGCCCCAAACUCCCCAAACCCCCGCAGCGCGGCCCCCAGCGCGGCGGGAACGGCACGGCGCCGCCCUCGGGCCCGGCGGAGCCUGACGCGCCCCACGGAGACACGGACGACGCGCGCGUCCCCGAGCGGCCGGGCUCGCUGCGGGCGCGGCCGCUGCCCGCGGGCAUCGCGCUCAGCUGGACGCCGCCCGCGGCGGGCGCGCCCGUGCGCGGCUUCCUGAUCGGCUACGGCGUGGGCAGCCCGUACGCGCGCAGCGUGCGCCUGCACGGCGCCCGCGCCUCCUACUCCAUCCUCGGCCUGGGCAAAGCCCAACUCGCAGUACGUGAUCUCGCUGAAAGCCUUCAACAACGCCGGCGAGGGAGCUCCGCUCUACGAGAGCGCCACCACCAGGGCGGCAGGUGCACUGCGGCGCGGGAAACUGGGCAUGGAAUGGGAAUGGGGGAAAGGGAAUGGAUGGGAAUGAAUGGGAAUGAAUGGGAAUGA